AUGGACGACUUUGUUAACUGGGACAAUGCCGACCCGGCCACGGGUAUGGUUGGUCUGGACCUCAUGCCUCCGCAGACGACCAUGACCAACGAUGAUCCCAAUCACAAUCUCGAUCUUGCCUUGGCAAACGUAGAUGGCGACGACUUCUCAUUCUGGGCACUGGAGCAUUUCGAAGCCAAUAACGUGGCGCUCGACAACAUGCUGGCACUCCCUGACCCCCUGAAUGUCAAUGAACUGCAAGUGGAGACCCCCGGAGCGCCCUGUGCCCAUUGUCAGACUGGCGGCUUCUCAUGCAAGAGGAUUCAGGAGGCCAACUUCACAGCACCUCAUCUCCAGACCUCCAAGGAACCACAGUCAUGA